GGGUUGUUGCGCAUGCGCUCUUCGUCUCUCUCGCUUUCUCCUCCCCCUCCUUCUCUUAGGUGACUAGGCGUCCGCAGGUGUGCGCGUGAGACUGUGAGGGGAGGGUCGCCGCGAGGAAGUAAAGGCCAGGAAAAAUACGUCCCCUCUAUCAUGCCUGCUGUGAAAGAGGAAUUUAAGGAAAUUUGAACCCAAACAAACUUCCAGCUUUUUUUUUUUUUUUUUUUUGCCAUUUGGAUUUGCGGGAGACAAAACUUUGGACUUGCCCGAUGGAGCUAGCUGAAAAAACGCCCAUUGCAAGCAAUUGGCUUGCAUUUCUCCAGACUUUUGGGGAAGAUCUGAUCCAGCAGCAUGGGCUGGGUUCAAUCCACCAAGUAAAUGCUAGGAUGAACGUGGCCUGUGAGCCCCCCACCCACCAAGAAAUUAGCAAACUGGAAGGGCUGAAUCCAUCCACCAAACUGGAGGGAAACCCCAAACCCCGGUGGAAAAUUACCCAGAGGGACAACACCCACACCAGGGCCUUCACCAUGGCCAACGAGUCCCAUUGUGAGUUUCCUCCGGUGAGCAACGGCCUCGGCGGCUCCCGAUCCGAUGGCGGCAACAGCAGCAGCAGCAGCGGGGAGAGCUCCCAAAACAGCUCCCGUUGCUCCACUCCCAUCCUGGACAUGGAGCGUCACGAGCGCCUGCGGGAAAAAAUGCGCCGGCGUCAGGAAUCCGGAGACAAAUGGUUUUCCCUGGAGUUCUUCCCUCCCCGGACGGCCAACGGAGCCGUGAAUCUCAUCUCCAGGUUCGACCGCAUGGGGGCAGGUGGCCCCCUUUUCAUCGACGUCACUUGGCAUCCGGCUGGCGAUCCGGGCUCCGAUAAGGAGACCUCGUCCAUGAUGAUGGCCACCACGGCCCUCAACUACUGCGGGCUAGAGACCAUUCUCCACAUGACCUGUUGCAACCAGAGCAGGGAAACCAUCACCACCCACCUGCAGAAGGCCAAACGCUUGGGGCUGAAGAAUAUUAUGGCGCUACGAGGAGAUCCUGUUGGGGAGGAAUGGGAAGAAGAACUGGAAGGCUUCAACCACGCUGUGGACCUCGUGAAGCACAUCCGUCAGGAGUUUGAUGAUUAUUUUGACAUCUGCGUGGCAGGCUAUCCUGGGGGACACCCCGAGGCCGAGAGUUACAUCACUGACUUGAAACACCUCAAGGAGAAAGUGUCCGUAGGAGCGGAUUUUGUCAUUACUCAGCUAUUUUUCCGGACGGAGACCUUCCUCAAAUUUCUAAGGGACUGCCAGGCCAUCGGUAUCAGCUGCCCCGUGGUGCCGGGGAUAUUCCCCAUCCAGGGUUAUCACUCUCUGCGCCAGCUUGUGAAGCUCUCAAAAUUGGUGGUGCCUCAGGAAAUCAAGGACGUCAUUGAGCCCAUCAAGGACAACGAUGCGGCCAUCAGGAACUACGGCAUUGAACUAGCCGUCCAGAUGUGCCGAGAACUCUUAGACAGCGGCCUGGUCCACGGACUGCAUUUCUACACCCUCAACCGCGAGGUGGCUACCAUGGAGAUCCUCCGACGGUUGGGCCUCUGGAAAGAAGACCCAAGGCGUCCCUUGCCAUGGGCGGUCAGUGCUCACCCCAAACGGCGCGUCGAAGAUGUCCGGCCUAUUUUCUGGGCUUCCCGGCCGAAGAGCUACAUCUAUCGGACGCAGGAGUGGGACGAAUUCCCCAAUGGACGAUGGGGCAACUCUUCGUCCCCCGCCUUUGGGGAGCUGAAAGACUACUACCUUUUCUACUUGAAGAGCAAAUCCCCCCGGGAAGAACUCCUGAAGAUGUGGGGAGAAGAGCUGACCAGCGAGGAGAGCGUCUACGAAGUCUUCAGGUGCUACAUCGCUGGAGAGGCCAACAGAAAUGGACACAAGGUCACCUGUUUGCCAUGGAACGAUGACCCUCUGGCCUCUGAGACCAACCUCAUGAAGGACGAGCUGGUUAAAGUCAACCGGAGGGGCAUCCUGACCAUCAACUCCCAACCUAACAUCAACGGAAAGCCUUCCACGGACCCCAUUGUGGGUUGGGGACCAGAAGGUGGCUACGUCUUCCAGAAGGCUUACUUGGAGUUUUUUACUUCCACCGAGAACAUCAAAGCUCUUCUCACGGUUCUGAAAAAAUACGGGCAGCGGGUGAAUUACCACAUCGUCAACGUGAAGGGAGAAAACGUGACCAAUGCUCACGAGAUGCAGCCCAACGCUGUCACAUGGGGAAUCUUCCCCGGAAGAGAGAUCAUCCAGCCGACAGUGGUGGAUCCAGUUAGUUUCAUGUACUGGAAGGACGAGGCCUUCGCCUUGUGGAUCGAGCAGUGGGCGAAGCUGUACGAAGAAGAAUCGCCUUCCCGUAUGAUCGUCCAGUACAUUCACGACAACUACUACCUGGUCAACUUGGUGGACAAUGACUUCCCCUUGGAGAGCUGUCUCUGGCAGGUCUUGGAGGACACCUACGAGCAGUUGAACAGCCCAGGAGAGGAAGUGAAGAGCUCUGGAUUUUGAAACGGGGACUCAAAACACUUUUUACCUCCAUCACAACUAAUGGCAGCUAAGAAAUCCCAGCAGAGUCUGCUGGUUUUUCCAGUUUUUUUU